AAAGAUGCUAGAAUCCUUUAAACAUAUGAGGAUGUUGGAUCGCUUGACCCAGCCAGUUAAACCAGUAAGGUCCCAUAAAAUGGUUACAGCUGGUGGAGUCUAAUGAUCAGAAAGGGCCAUUUGUGUCAGAGCUUCCCAAUGAUGAGCCCGACUCUCAACAACAUCAUAUCUUCCCUGCAGAGAAGUGGAACAUUUAUCAAUUUUUUAAUUGCUGCUUUGACCACUGGUGGGCAACAGCUUUGCUCUUCUUUCACAUUCAGAUGUCCCUGUCAGGCUGGAAAAAAUUUCUGCUACGGGUCUGCUUUUCUAGUCAUUCCAGCCUUGAUCCUUCUGGUUGCUGGCUAUGCUCUGAGAAGCCAGAUGUGGACCAUGAGCAGUGAAUACUGCUGCAGCUGUGGCCCUCCACAGCGGAGAAUCAGCCCCCUGGAGCGCAAGCUCGCUUGUCUUCGGUUCUUCAGCAUCACCGGGAGGGCACUCAUUGCCCCAUUAACAUGGCUGGCCGUAACCCUGCUGACAGGUACCUACUAUGAAUGUGCGGCAAGUGAAUUCGCAUCUGUGGACCAUUACCCAGUGUUUGACAACAUCAGCGCCAGCAAACGGAAAGAGGUCCUAGCUGGGUUUCCAUGUGGCAAAUCGGUUCCAUCCGACAUGAUCCUGGUAAGAGAUGAAGUAGGUCUUCUGCACAGAUACCAGUCACAAAUGCUGGGCUGGAUUUUGAUCACCUUGGCAACCAUCGCUGCCCUGGUCUCCCGCUGCGUGGCGAGGUGCUGCUCUCCCCUCACCUCUCUGCAGCAGUGCUACUGGACCAACCACCUCCACAACGAGAGGGAGCUCUUUGAACAAGCUGCCGAGCAGCAUUCACGGCUCCUCAUCAUGCAGCGCAUAAAGAAACUCUUUGGCUUCAUUCCUGGAAAGGAAGAUGUCAGACACAUCCGUAUUCCUUCGUGUCAGGACUGGAGAGAUAUUUCAGCACCCAAUCUUCUCUGCAUGGGUGAGGACUUGCAAGGUCACUAUAGCUUCCUUAGAGACAGGGUGGGUGAGAAUAAUGAGGAAAGCAAAUCCGAAGGUAUUGAAUUAAAACCUUGAUUGUAGUAGCUCUCACAGUUCAGGUUGCCUAACAGAUACUUUAUUUUUAUGAUGAUGGAGUUUCAAUGUAAUCUCUUCACCUUUUUCUGUCUCUUCUGAUAUUUGUUUAAACAAGUCCGUUCAAGAUGCCAUUUCCAAAAGCGGUUUAUCUGAUCAUUGUGCCAAUCUCUGUUUUUGAAAUUUCCUUGGUGGUCAGGUAAUGCCUAUAUUGGUUUAAUUAAAACAAUAUGGACUUUGAAGUCCUAUCAGAAUGGGAAUCUUGGUUCUGCUACUCAGUUAUCUGUGUGAAAACUAAUAUUUUUGAGUGCUAUCUUGUUAUCUGCACAUAAUGGUUACUUCAUAGAGCUGUUGUGAGGAUUAAAGGUGAUAAUAUAAGCAAAGUGCUCAGCACAGUGCCUUUCCUAAAAUACGUGCCAACACACAUUACUCUCUCCCUUUCUUUGUGUUCCAUGUCUCCCAUCACUAUUCCCCCGUCUCUAAUUCCUGGUUUUCUUUAUUUCUACCUCUUUAUAAUAUCCGGGAACUUUUCACUUGCUUCUGUCCCUUCUUUUGAUCUUAAAUAUCUGACCUUUCGGGGACUAAAAUAAAAAGCCCUUUCUAAACUGGUUAACGUGUAAGGGAGAAGCCCAUGCAAGGUCUUGAGUCAUUCUGCCAUAACCAGGGGAUGAUGCAUUAUUCUACCAUCAUUAGUACCAUAAAUGUUAUUUGUAGCCCCUCCACACUAGGAGCAUUUUUAUAGCCACAACAUAUAAAGUUUAUCCUAGAAAGUUUAUUCCCUUCUGUGCUCUACUACAGAGACACUGUGCCUUUUCAUGAUCAGUUUGCACCCUUGCACUCAAAAUCCAUUGGGGGAACGAAGACUGACAUCUGCAUUUGUAUACCCAUUACCUAAACCUCCAAAAGGGGAGACCUGCCGGACUCUUCUCUGUGACUUUACACCUCUAAUAUUUGAGUUUUCUAAUUUAUCUGAUUAUUUCUGAUAUAUGUAGUGUCUUGUGCCUGAUGUCACAUUCACUUAAGCAACUGGUUCAUUGGCCCAAAUCAGCAAAAUGAGGGAUUUUGCUUAUUUUUUAAACCAAAACCAUGGCUGCUUCCUGGGUAAUGGACCAACUGCCAAUCGUCAUGCUGACCUUCAAGAUUCACUUUCAAGGAGACCAGAGAACUUGAGUAACUAAAAUGCAGUCAAUUACUUACUAAUCUACUUUUACACAAUUGUGAAGAAAGAGUCUAUUCUGUGUGAAAUUAUGGGUUCCACAAACUUAAUGGAAACAAAUAGAAAAUGAAUUGAAGAUCAUUAAAAAAAAAUCUGUAAGAGAUGCAUAGUGUAGUACUUUGCUCCAACAGGAGACCUGUCUCUCCCUCGCCAUUACUUAGUGGGUAGGUCAGUUAGUCUCUCUGAGACUCAACUGUUUCAUCUGUAAGAUGUAGAUAAUGAUACCUUACCUGUUGUAGGGCAAGGAACUGAUGCAAAUGUAUUCUUGAGGUUCCCUUUAAAUCUGAUAAGAUUUUGAUGUUCAUGUUCAAAUGUAUACAGGUCUAUAUGUAUACAAUUUUCUGGAAUAGUAGUAGGCCCAGGUUGUCUCCAUUAGAAGGAAAAGAUCACUGAGUUCAAUUCUUAUUCUAAAGACAUUUGCUGGCAUUCCACUUUCAAAAGAAUGUUAAUGUACUGAACUUUUUUAAGUGGCCAAGGAAAGCUAUUCCAUUUUGUCACCUGUAUCCAUACACAAGACUGACAUAUUACAAGAGGGAUCUUUAAAAAAAAAACAAGUUGUGGAAGGUAACUAGGGUCCUCAUUUGGUUCUGAUGUAAAUGAGCUAUGUAAAUAUGGAAGGUUAUGUCCACUUUGUUUUCCACAGUCUCCUCCAGCACUAAAAUUCUAUCACUCUGUUUAUCUGGGAAUUUUUGAAACUCCACUGUAUUGGGACAGAAUAGUUUAAUCAACACUUUACACCAUGCUCAGAAUUAUUUUAUUAGUUUUUGGGGAUUAUACCACAGUAAAUACUCUCCAAUAAGAUUUUCAGUUAACAGAAGGAUCAGAGAGUAUAUAAACUUAAAGCAUUACAUCAUCAGAAAGAAGAUAAUAGUUGUUUAUAUACACUAACACCAGAAAACUUUCUUUUUACUAGAUUCUGGAAGCCCUUUCUACAUCAAACUCCUUCAGAGUAUGACAUACACAGUUUAUAUUCUAAAUCACAUAAUCAUGAUCUUCCACUAGAGCUUUCUAGCAAAGGAUUAAAGUGUUCUUUGUCUUCUCUACAUAGCUUCAAAGGGCUUUAUAGCAACUGUGUGAACAUUUGAAGGGUAGUUCACAUCCCUGAUAUUUCACUGUAUACUAUCCAUUUCCAAUUAAAUAAAUCAAAUUCCCA